CGUCCCGGAAGUCCCGUUGCCGGCGCUCGCACCAACGACGGUGCCUACUAUGUUAAUUUCCCGGGUGGUGUCAACGACAUUGCGAUCUUUACCUUGGAGGUGCAGCGAGUCAAGGGCACCGAGACAGUCUCCGUCACCCUCAAUGACAAUGGAAACGGCAGUGCGCCGGGCACCAAGUGGUCGUGCACCUCGACCAAUGACUCUGUUGAGGGAACAGUGGAGAAAUGUGCCUAUGAUGGCGACAUUAGCUUGACCCCUUUCAAUUCCUAG